AUGAAGUUGACGGAUUCCACUAUCCGUACUUUUAAACCUGUGAAAUACUUUAAAGAAAAUUCAGACCGUAUCAAUUCCCUCAGCUAUUCAAGUAAUGGUGAGACGCUUAUUUCUAGCAGCGAUGAUGAUCAGAUGGUGACUUACGAUUGUUCUAGCGGAACACCUAAACGUACACUUAACAGCAAAAAGUAUGGAGUAAACUUAAUACAGUUCACUCACAGUCCGACUACUGCAAUUCACGCCUCUACAAAGAUUGAUGAUACAAUACGUUACCUUUCUUUGCAUGAUAACAAGUAUAUCAGGUACUUCCAAAGUCACACUAAAAGGGUCGUUUCUUUGUGUAUGUCACCUAUUGAUGACACCUUCUUGUCUGGUUCAAUGGACAGUACUAUUCGUUUGUGGGAUUUGAGGUCACCCAACUGCCAUGGUGUAAUGCAUGUUUCUGGUCGACCGACAGCCGCUUUUGAUCCAGAAGGAUUGAUAUUUGCAGCGGGAAUUAAUUCCGAAUCUGUCAAACUUUACGACCUACGAUCUUUUGAUAAAGGACCGUUUGCUACGUUCAAAUUGGGCAUGGAAACAAGUGGGUGCAUUUGGACCGGUUUACAAUUUUCCUCUGACGGAAAGGCUCUCUUAAUAACGACCAACGGAACUCAUAUUCGUCUGGUUGACGCAUUUAAAGGAUCCCAUCUGCAUACACUAACCAAAGUGAACUGUGAAAAAUGCAUCAUUCUAUGAUGUAUAAAAGACAUAUUUGAAAUUACAUCGACAUUAUUGGAGCCGUUUUAAAUAGAAAUGGCGUAUAAACCAGUAAAGUUACUACAGUCAAUCUCGUGAAAACCAAAAGAUUAAACCUUGAAAGAAAAGCGGAACAUUGCGUGAAAAAUACUUUGUUUCAGCUGAGAGAAACACUAAAUUAGAAAAAUUGGUCACCCUCCUCAUGUUUGUCUUCAUGAAGGUCAAAUAACUGUUGAACGCCAGCGUCAACGCACGUGGAAAACUGUGGUCACAUAUUGGACUGGGAAAAUGUUGUGGUUUUGAUUGAAGGAAAUAUAAAGAACAGAGAAUUUAUAGGUGCUUGGGAUUCGUGUCUGUCAGAAAUCAAUAAACAUAUUGAGAUUGAUCCGCUUUAUCAACCAAGAAGGAAAAUCAUGGAUGAAUACAGAAUCGAAAAUCAGGAUGAAGGGGGAGAUGAUCAAUAUGUAGAUAGCGACAGGAUAACGGUCAACAAUAAUCAACCAAGAUUAGUGCUAACAGAACAAGCUGGGAGUCAUAUGUGUAAAAAUUUCAAAAGUGCACUUAUAUCUGAAGAUUUGUGGAUGUUGUUCAGCGAAAUAGUGGAAUAAAUCAUUUAGCUCAGAGGAUGAAACUUCACCAAAAUCAUAUAUUAUAGUCGUAAAAUAAAACCGUUCUUUUCGUUUUCGAACAAAUAUUAAAAGUUACACAACAAUAAUCAUGCAUUCCUUUGUAUUGAUUUUCUUUCAUUUAAAAAAAUGAUAUUUUAUGUUUUAAAAAGAAGAAUGCUGAAAAACGUACCUCCGUUAAUGAAAGUAAAUAACACAACUGAUAAUCCAUAACAAAUAAAAAACACUUUGAUAAAAUUCCAUUAUGUCAAUUGAUACUGUGGUGUGGGUUACUUAUAUCCACAUAAGUAGCAUAUAACGGUGGUCGGGCAUUGAAUGUAUUUCGGCAGAAGAUCGAUAACGAAACGCAAUUGGUAUGAAAA